CAAUAUAAUUUAUACGCAGUAUAUAUUUUGCCGUCCGACGGUUCCUUACUUUAUUUACUAUUUAGCCGUACAUGCGCAGUUGUCCGAUUCCGGAUAUAUUCCACCAUUUUGGAACAUUAAAAACACGAUCAUGCCUUUCUCAAUUGGAAGCGAAUUUGACUCUUUUCCAGCAGUUGAAAUGGAAAUAAAACUAUUUGAAAAAGAGCAAAGUAUUUCCUUUUGGCAUCGGGAUAACCCCACGUUUGAUGGAGCGCGAAAAAGAUAUAAAAAACUUCAGAAAAAGUCUGAGAAUGAGCAUGAGAUCGAGAAAAAGGCGAGAGAAGAGUCCGAGAAAAGACUGCAGUAUUAUUCUGUAAAAUAUACAUGCAUUAAAGGCGGUCGUAAAUACAAUUCGAAAGCGACCGGUCAACGACCUAAUCAGAGAACAUUUAGAGAUGAGUGUGAGGCAUUUGUGCAGUUUCAUGCUUCUGAAGAUGCAGAAAAACUAAUAGUUACGGACAUGAAAACUCAGCACAAUCAUCCAAUAAUCAAGUAGACCUUUCAGUUUCUCCCCAAGGAGAGGAGACUAAAUGCUGAAGAACGAACUGAGGUGGAAAAGCUGCUGUUUACCAGACCUAAUAAAAAAAGUACUACAAGACCACAUCAGACAAUCGACUGGCAAAAACAUUACACUCAAGGACAUUACAAACCAUGCUCAGCGACUAAUACCAAAACCAAAAAAUCUUGAGCAAGUACUUACAAAGUUGCAAAGCUCAGAUAAAACGAUACAAGUCUUAACAAAAGAUGACACGCUUGAGGCCAUUUAUUACCAAGACGAGGUGAUGAAGAAGAAAUACGAUUGUUUCCCAGAGCUACUGCUAGUGGAUGUCACAUAUAAGCUCAAUGAUCUUCGUAUGCCAGUAUUUCUUCAACUUAUUGUUGAUGGCAAUGGUGAGAGUGAAAUUGUGUGUGUGUACAUUGUUGUUUCUGAGUUUGCAGAAACAAUGACCAAACUUGUUCAAAUUUUUAAGAAUGAAAACAAGGCAUGGGAAAAGACAAAGACUGUUAUGACCGAUGACUUUAUGGAAAGAGCCGUGUAUGGGGAACAGUUUCCGGAUGCACAAUUCCAGCUUUGUUUGUUUCCUGUUUUGCGUUCUGUCAAACGUGAAAUAAACGUGGAAAAAAUGAAUAUCCGUUUAGAACAGAAAGACCACUGUUUAGAAAUAAUUCAAAAAUUGGCAUACUCCAACUGUGAAGAUGAAUAUCAACGUAACUUCGACAAUCUGAGAGACACUGGUGUACAACCAGUCAUUGAUUAUUUCACUAAUUCUUGGCAUCCAAUUAGGAACCAGUGGGUAGUUGGCUUAAAAGAUUCAUGCCACUACAACAACCAAACCAACAACAGAUUGGAAAGCAUUAACCAGAAGCUGAAACAGGUUAUAAAGAAGUUCUCUAAUUUAGAGGAAUUUUUUGAUGACCUGGAACUUGUUAUUCGGUGCUUGCAGAAUAAGUAAUACGUUGUUGAAGCGACCAGCCCUUGGUUUUGCACCAGAGUCUGUUGAGGCACGCUACUCAAGGCUAUUGACACCCUAUGCGUACAAAGUUAUUGCAAAUCAAAUGCAACUGGCAAACAAGCUACAGGUUCCUGACAAUGAAGAUAGUGGUUCUAAUAAGUUCCUGAUUCACAUGUCAUCUGGGGAGGCUAAGGUAGACAGUACAUCCUGCACCUGCAAGUUCAGUCUAGUAAAUGGUCUACCAUGCCACCAUGUUCUAGCGGUCCGGAUGAAGCUUGGGCUCAAUGUUUUCUUUGAGGAUAGAAUAGCUGAACGAUGGAGGAUGGAUUUUUAUAGGGAUACCUGUUCAAUGUCACAAGUACCAAAUGGUGAUGGUGAAUUUGAAAAUGGUGGACCUAUAAUUGUUGAAGCUCUGCCAACGCACGAUCAAACUAAGCUGUCUCAGCCACAGAAGUACAGAUGCGCAUUUUUAGAAGCUCAAAAACUUGCCACACUGGCUAGUGAAGACUCCAUGACUAAAUAUCGACAACGGCUCGGAGUUCUUCGCAAUCUAAUUGCAUAUUGGGAGAUGGAUGAAGAAGCUUCAGUUAUGAUCUUAAAUUCAGAA